CAUCUGACACAAACACCAUUAUGUAGACCACCAAAACAUGUUAAGACGAGUGCAGCCGCUGCGGCCGGUGGCCUUGUUGACCCGCGGGUGCCAAAACCUGGUCGCGGCGGUUUUCAGCGUCAAGAGACCCCAGCACGCGGUGACGAGACCUCCUUCUUACUGCACACCACUAGUGCCUCCUCACAAACCGCUUAGCAAGUAUGCGCUGGGCGGGGAGAUCCCUCAGCGCAUUAGCCGUCGGGGGACCGUCUACCGGCUGCUUUGCUCGGCAACCAGAGCGCAUGGCGAUGAUACCAUCACGCCAGAAGCUUCCCAAUACUGGCGCAAGCAGAUGGCUGCCAUCGAAAAGCCGGAGCUUAGCGGGCUGCUGGGCUCCCUGGACUGGGAGCACCCCCUGGGGCUGGCCAAGCUCCGCGCCAAGUCGCGCAUACAGUGCUACGGCGAGUUCCUCAGCGCGAAGAAGAAACACAGCACGGCGGUGGUGCUGGUACGGAUUGGUGACUUCUACGAGGCAGUGGGUUUCGACGCGCUGGUGCUGUGCCAGCACUGCGGCCUCAACCCCAUGACGCCGCUGUCGGGCGUGGCCAAGGCCGGCUUCCCCAAGGCGCCCAGCACGCUCAGGCAGCAGCUCAACAGGCUCAUAGGAGCCGGGUUCGUGGUGGCCAUAGUGGAGGAGGUGGGCGACCUGGCCCGGGGCUCCGGCCGGGCGGGCGGCGGCUUCAGCGCGCUGCCCACCAAGGUGCGGCAGCUGAUGCCGCUGGUGAGCGCCUCCAGCCCCUACUACCUGUUUGGGGACGUGGAGGAUGAGGCCGUGGCGGUGGACGACACGCCGCUGCCCAGGCCCAUCACAGGCGUGUCUGUGCCCAGCGGCGACGGCUACCGGCUGUUCCGCUACUGCGCCGCCCGCAACCGGCUGGACGUGACGGCGCUGCUGGGCGCGGAGGCGCUGGCGGCGCAGCUGCACGCCACGGGCCUGGCGCAGCCGCUGUACCUGCACACCAGCGUGGCGGAGAGGGAGAGACAGCAGGCGGCGGCGGGAGGCAGGAGGGCGUCUCUGGCCCGCGAGCUGGCCUCACAGCUCGGCGUCACAGUGGCCGAGUUCAAGUCCGCGCCGCCGCCCGCUGGAGUCCGCGCCGCGGCAGCGGCAGCAGCGGCGGCGGUGGCAGCUGCGCGCAGUGGUGGCGGCGGCGGAGUGGCCGGCAGCAGCGAGGCCUGGGAGGGCGUGGCCGGCCCCGACGUGGGCGGCUUUGUGGCCACGCUGUGCCGGCAGCUGGGGCUGGACCGGACCACCAGCGACUGCAUGAAGUUGUCCGUGGGUGGCUCGGCCCUGCCAGCCGACGACGGCGGUGUGGCGCCGGCCCCGCUGCCGCCGUCGCUGUCCACAGUGACGCAGCUGGGGCUGGGCGGGGCGCGCGGCGUGCCGUCGCUGCUGGCGGCGGCCCUGGGUGACGGCGUGCCGGCGGCUGUGCGGGACUGGUUCCGGCUGCUGCUGCUGCUGCCGCCGCCGCCCACCGCCGCUGAGGACAUCCGGGUGGUGUGUGGACACCUGGCGGCGCCCGGUCCUGGGGCGCCCGCGCUGCCUGUGAUGGUCACGUCCAUUGCCGGGCCGCGCAUCAUCGCGCUGCUGCAGACGGGCGUGGCGGGGCACAACACACUGCGGGAGAUGCACGUGAUGCUGACACGUGUGGUGGACCUGCUGGUGCUGCCCGGCCCCGCCAUGGCUGAGAUGCACUGCGCGCUGCUGGGCGUGCUGCGCUGGUCGCUGGACGCACGCGGCGGCACCGCCUGGGCCGAGGUGCCGCCGCAGGAGCUGGCGAACAAGUGCCGGGCGGCGGCGGAGGCCAUUGCCGCGGUGGUGCCGCAGGCGGCGGAGCUGGCGGCCCUGGGCGGCAUGGCGGAGGCGGCGGGCGGCAGCCCCACCGGCAGUCGGGAUGAGGAUGAGGGUGAGGGCGAGGCAGCGGAAGUAGCGCCGGCCAGGCCGGUGGUGUUGGGUGCGGGCGGCCUCCCCCAGCUGCAGCUGCCCGCCGCGCUGCAGCCCUUCCUGCCGCCGCCGGGGGCUCCGGGCGCGCGCCUGGCUGCUGACGCGCUGUGGGAGGUGGGGCGGCUGGUGGGGCGGCUGGAGCGGUACCGGCUGGCGGUGCGGCCGCAGUGCAUGCGGGUGCAGGCGAGCCAGGUGGAGUCGCGGCGCGCGGCCCUUGUGUCCGAGCUGCUGGUGCUGGCGGCGGCGAUGGAGAAGGCGCGGGUGGCGGCGGAGGUCCGACUGGCGCCGCACGACGACGCGGUGUGGGUGCGGCUGGUGGGAGCUGGAGGCAAGCGGCUGACGGGUGCCGCCGAGCGCAACGCGCAGGAGCAGGUGCGCACUGCCGGCGGGCUGGAGCUGGUGCGGCCGCUGAACCGCAAGGGGCGGCCCGAGGCGGACCGCUGGACCAGCCGCGCGGUGCAGGCCGCCACCCUGGCCUACGUGGAGGCGGUGGAGGCGGCGGACAAGGAGUCCCGGCGCCUGCUCCGUGACCUGUGUCGCGACCUGCACUCGGGCCCCGGCGGCCACCUGGUGGCGCUGCUGGCCGCCAACGAGCUGGCGGUGGCCUUCGCGGCGCUGGCCGCACACGUGGUGCGGGCCAAGCAGGCGGGGUGGAACUGGCCCGACAUGCCGCGGGCGCACACGCUGGCUCCGCCCGGCAGCCCCGCCGCCGGCUGCUGCCCGGGCCGGCGGGUGGACCUGCGGCUGCCGGGGCUGUGGCCGUACUGGAUGGACCCGCGGGAGGCGGUGCGCAACGACGUGCGCUGCGAGGCGGGCCGUCUGGCGCUGCUGACCGGGCCCAACAUGGCGGGCAAGUCCACUGUGCUGCGCAGUGUGGCGGCCGCCGCGCUGCUGUCCGUGUGCGGCCUGGCGGUGCCGGCGGGGCACGGGCACGGAUACCCGCCCAACCCGACCUCCGCCUCCGCCUCCUCCGGGUCCGGCCUGCGCCUGGCGCUGUCUGCCACGUGGCUGCGGGCCCUCAGCCUGCGCAACUUCAGCGGGGACUCGCCCAUGGAGGGCAAGAGCGCGUUUGCAGUGGAGAUGGAGGACACGGCCAACACGCUGGCUGUGUCGCGGCGCGAGCGCAGCAGCAGCCUGGUGCUGCUGGACGAGCUGGGCAAGGGCACGGAGGUGGUGGCGGGCAGCGCGCUGGCGGCCGCGGUGGUGGAGGACCUGGUGGCGGCGGGGGCGGCGGGCGUGUUCGCCACGCACCUGCACGACCUGGUCUACCUGCUGCGGCCGCUGGAGCAGCAGCGCAGGCUGCAGUUCUGGGCCAUGGAGGUGCGGCCCGAGCCGUGUGCCGGUGGUGCCGGUGGUGCCGGUGGUGCCGGUGUGGAGGUGCUGCGGCCCACCCGGCGGGUGGUGGAGGGGCAGGUGUGCCUGCGCAGCCUGGCCCUGCAGGUGGCGGCGGACUGCGGGCUGCAGCGCGAGGUGCUGGCGGCGGCGGCGGCACACGAGGUGGUGCUGGGCGGGAUGAUGACGGCCGCCCGCGCCGCCGCCUACAGCGCACAACACCACCCCCAGCAGCUGCAGCCGCUGCAGCCGACCCACGGAGCCAGCGCCGGCGCGGCUGUGGGCGCGGCUGGCGAGGCGGCUGUGGGCGCGGCGGCGGCGCAGAGCUGCUGGCCGCCUGUGCGGCGUGUGGGCGAGCCCGGCACGCCCGUGGAGGCGGCCCUGCAGGAGGAAGCGGCCGAGUGGGCGGAGGCGCCGCUGGUGGUGCGCCACAGCGGCAGCAGCAGCGCGGCCAGCAGCAGCCAGGGGCAGCAGGGGCAGGGGCAGCAGGAGCAGGAGGAGCCCAGCGCGCCCGCCUGGCCGGCCGCCGAGGAGACGUGGCCGGCAACGGAGGCGGGGGCGGCGGGGGCGGCGGCUGCCGUCGGCGCCGCGGCGGAGGCGGCCCCAGCAGCGGUGCCGGCAGGGCCGGAGGCGGGCACGACGGGACGUGGGGCGGUGUCUCCGCAGGAAGCUGACUCGGUGCUGCUGCUCGUGGGCCGCGACCUGCGCCACCUGGUGCGGGAGGCGGUGGCGGCGGCGCGAGUGGCCAGCGGCGGCGAGGCCCUGGAGGCGGAGAUAGGCCACAUACACUGGGUGGACGCGGACCUGGUGCCGGCGCCGGGGCACAGCGGGCAGUCGGCGGUGUAUGUCCUGCGGCAGUGGGACGGGCAGCUGUAUGUGGGCGAGUCGGACGACGUCAGGGUCCGCGUGAAGGAGCACCGCAGCAGGGAGACGCGGGAGCGCAAGGCGGCCAACAAGUCGCUGACCGUGCCCGGCUCCCGCGGCGCGCGCGUGCACACCAGCCUGCGCGCCGUGUACUGCCUGGUGCCCAGCGAGGCGGGCGGCAGCAGCGCCGCCAAGGACAUCGAGGCCGCACUCAUCCGGCGGGUGGCGGCGGCGGGCUGGGCGCUCAGCUCGGACCACGACAGGGCGCGCAGCCUCAGGCACAACCCCAGCCUGCCGCGGCAGCGGAAGAAGGAGCAAGCGCCAGAGCAGGAGCGGGAGGAGGCGCCCGAGCAGGAGCGGGAGGAGGAGCGGGAGGAGGGCCCAGCGCCGCGCCGCCGUACUCGCAAGGCGCAGGGCCCCAGCAAGCGUAAGGCCGAGUAGGCGCGGACAAGGCUGGCAUGUGUGCCUCCGCACGUCAGCGGGCGCACACCGGCCGUGAGCGGGCCUGUGCGGGUGUACGGCUGCGGGCGGCCGUGUGUGGAGCUGCAGGCGGCCGUGUGCGGCCAUGUGCGGGCGCUGUUCCCUCACCGCCCGGGUUCCCGCCGCGGCGGCCGCCCAGACAGCGGCGGCGGCUGCAGUCCGGGCAGCGCCCACGCGGCAGCCAGCAUGCGCACGGAUGGGGUCGGGCUGCGUGUAAGGCAGUGUGUGGGCAUGACGCCUGCAUGCGCCUGAGAUGUACUGUUACGGUAUGUGCGGUGUUGAGCGUGAGACGGAGGCAGGGGCCGGGAAGGGGUGCAGCCGCCGUUCGCCUGCACCUACCUGCACUAAUAGGACAAGAUCGCGACAGGCAGUGCAGGCCGACACAGUGGGUGCAGCGAUGCACUGGCAGGAUGGAAAUAAAGUUACCUUUAACGUGGCUUUCGGAGCGGCUGGAGCGAAGUAGGACAAAGUAUACAGUAGCGUUAUGUGAGUUGGUGCGAAUGAGGCAUCCAGGCUCGAACGGCAUGAGGCCAUAAUAUGCCAAUUCACCAGUUUCUGAAGGUUUCGUGCCUCGAGGUACGGCUUUGUGGCGCGCUCCAGGACGCUAGCCUGCGCGGGGUGCCCUGCACACGUACUGAUGUUGCGCACAUGUACGGUCGCUCUGUGGCGGCUGGGCUGUGGUAUGGUGCCCCGUCAGCGCGGUACCGUACACGUCUGGAUCCGGCUGUGGGGCUGAGUGGUGGUGCAGCCCUGCCUGGGCGGCUGCUGGGCCUGUGGACGCUGAGGCUGGGUUGCAGUGGCGCGCGGCUGUGGACCGUGCAUGGACGCGGCCUCGGCCGCUGUGGAGUCGGGAGUUGUAAACCGGGCGCGUGCAGGCGUGCUCCGCCGCCGGCACCUGCUGUGGGGCCUCCCGCGCCAUGGCGACGCCCGAGGCUGUUGGCUCCAUGAGACCCAUGCGGCCAUGGCACUACUGGUACCUGACGACGUGACGGCAACACCCAACAACCAAACUUGCGACGCCAAGACAUGGGCGAGUGGCUGGUAGUCGCGGCAGAAGCGGUUUGGACAACAGGACAAGUACGAUAUACUUUGGGAACCGACACACGCACGCACGGACAGGGUCUGGGGGGCUUCGCCCCCCCACCACCCCCGAUUCGCUUCGCUUGGUGGGCCCAGCCCAAACAUCGGGGUACGAUACGGCAUGCACAGAUGGCGGGUGCUUGUCCUGAGUCCCUAAGUUCGUGCUGUUCGUGAAUCGCUUGUGUGGUCCUGAACAGGGCACUUGGGUUGAUGUUGCGGAUGGUGGUUUGUGCGAGCGGAGUGCGCCAGGGCGAGCCAGCAGCGAGUGCUAUGGCGGCAUGCAUACGUGCAAGGCGCUAUGCACGGCAGCUCUGCGUGCGCUGUCAUUUCAUGGAUAAGCCCAUGUGCAUCACAGAUUAAGUAGCCUCGCUCCGU